AUGACCAUUAUUAAAAAAGGAGACACAUUGACUAAGCUACCGAAAAGGCUGGAUUUCGGAUCACUCUUUACCGGAAUUAAAACUAAGGGUGUGUCUACACAUGAAUGUCUCCAUGAAUCAGCAACAAGCAGCGGAUAUCAUACAAGUCUGCAAGCUGAAGAAGAUCAUUACACAAAAGAUAAAGUAGAUGUAGCACUAGAUAAUCAGACUGCGAAAUCAACCCUUUUUAUUGAUGUUUUUACUGCUGAGCAACUACUUAAACGUGUUGUAGAUAAUUUCUUAUGUCAAAUGCAACGUAAAGCGGUAAAACUAAAUUAUAAUUUUAAUAGCUAUGAUUAUAAACGGCAAAGUCGUGGUUACUUAAAAAAGACAUUUUUACGGUUCACAGACGAUGAUAUUAAUCAUAACGCAUUAACUCAAUAUCAACAUUUAUCAUAUACACAAAAUACUAUGCAUAAAAGGCAACAACUUCACCUAAACCAAGCAAGAGCAAUUGAUUGGCCUCAUAAAACUGAUGAUAACAAAAGUUGUGCUAGAACUAUGCCUUUUACGAAUUGCAAUGUAUCAUGCGCUAGAUGCAGACCAUUUAAGUCAAAGGAGAAAUUUUUACAUUCACAUAAUGACAGUGCCAUAAAAUGUUCAGUAAAUGAUCUUUCACGUAGGAGUAUAAAAGACGAUGAUACUGAAAGCUUAGAACUUGUUGAAUUUCUUAAUGGCGAUGUACACAAUAUAACUAGUAGACAGGUUGAUAAUUUAGAAGUUUCUUGUGCCAGAACUCGGCCUUGUCUAAUAAGUGCAAAUAAUAGUUUGCAGCGUUUAGAAAAGCGUAAACUAUCUAAGGUAGAUGUUAUUGAAAAUGAUUCAGAAACUGUAAUUUCAUGUGCAAGAUGUAGAGAUUUUAAUUUUUGUAAAAUAACAAAUCGUUAA